CAAAGUCAAGUAGUCAAGUCAAUUAACCCACAAAAAAUGGCUCACUUCCUUGACUUUGCAUUCUCGAAGUAGAUAUCAUCUGCUUCUCCUUUCCAAGCAUAGAAUUUUGUUCUCAUAUCUCUUGUUUAUGGAUCAUCAUUCUGGUGCUAUUAGCCAAGAUUUGCCAUGGCUGCUGCUCAUGUUGCUGCUGCCAGUGACGGCCAUCUUUCCCAUGGUUUACUGUCAGCAAACUGAAAUUGAUUGCUUGAGAUCAAUAAAGGAGUCUCUGGAAGAUCCCCUCGACAAACUGUCGGCAUGGGAAUUCAAUGUCAUUUCAGGCAAGCACGAUGUGUAUUUAUGCCAUUUUCCGGGGAUUGAGUGCUGGGGCGGGAACAAGAUCAUGAGCAUCACGCUCAGCGGCAUGGGCCUUAGGGGUGAAUUUCCCCGCGGCAUCGCCAACUGUUCUUCUUUAACCACCCUGGACCUUUCGAAUAAUCACCUUUAUGGACCCAUCCCUUCAGAUAUAGGCAGAUUGGUCAGCUUCUUAACUUACUUAAAUCUUUCCAACAACACAUUUUCAGGUGAAAUUCCUCCUGGGAUCGCGGAUUGUUCAUACCUCAAUGUUUUGCAGCUCAACAGCAACCUUCUCACAGGCGUUAUUCCUGCAGUACUAGGGGGUCUCAAACGACUUUGUGGUGAACCUUUGGACCCUUGUACAGCACAUGAUUCUCACAAAACUCUAUUUAUGAGUGGAUUCGUCGUCGGCUGGCCAGUCCUUUUUGCGCUGUUUUUGGUUAUUGGAUUGUUUACGUCUUUCGAGAAGCUUGUGAUCAAAUUCAUAAGGAGAAAAGGGAUGAAAUCUCCAAGACUUGAAUCCAAUCCUUCAAGCAAGAGAACGGAGAGUACUAUGAUAUCAAUGCUGGAGAAAUUUGCCACUAGAAUGAGUGUUCUUGAACUCUGCAAAGCAACUGACGGCUUCAGCCAGAACAACGUCAUUGCAAUUGAUGAAGUGGGAACAACAUACAAGGCAAUGCUCUCAAAUGGUUGGUGCCUGGCAAUCAAGAGGCUCAUCUCCGCGCCUCAUAUCGGGCAAGAAUUCCAGACAGAAAUUCUCACGCUCGGCAGAUUGAGACAUAAGAAUUUGGUGCCCCUGGUGGGCUUUUGCUAUGAGUUGAAUGAAAGAUUUCUAGUUUACAAAUUCAUGCCCAAUGGGAGUCUCCACGAUUGCUUUUUCUCGGCUCCAGGCGAAGCCAAGAUUAUGGAAUGGCCUGUGAGGGUCAGGAUUGCAGUUGGAAUAGCAAAGGGAUUAGCAUGGCUGCAUCAGAACAGAGUUGUUCAUCGUGGGAUAAGUUCGAAAUGUAUCCUAUUGGAUGAAAAUUUCAAUCCCAGAAUAUCAGAUUUUGGAAAGGCGAUGAUUCUGGAAGACACUUGUUUGAGUAGGGAACCACUGAGUAGAGAACUUCCAGGAUUAGGUUCUUACAAGAGGGAUGUUCACUGCUUUGGGAUGGUGCUUUUUGAGUUGAUCAUGGCUAUAAAAUAUAGUGAGAUUUUUAGCUCUUCAGAUGUUAACGUUCAUAUGUCCGAACACAUAUCUCAUUUGUUAAGUGAGCCACAGCUUCUCGGAAUUUCUGUUCAGUGUAUGGUAGAACAAGGAUUUUAUGACCAGAUCUCUCAUUACUUAAGGAUUGCAGGCAAAUGUUUAGACUAUGAUCAAGGUAACCGGCCAGACAUGCAGGAAGUGUACCAAAUGCUAAGUGGUAUAAGCAGAUGUGGGUCUAUGGAUGCCUCUGAUACCUCAAUGGAAUAAGAUAGAAUUUGCUAAGAUAAAAUAAGAGUUAAGAGCUGCUGACCGCCUGACCGAGAUCCUAAUUGUUAAUCUUGGUGUCACCAACAGAAAAUUAUAUUUGCAAAGUUGGUAAAUUAGGAAAAACUAGAGGUUUGGAAACUUUGAACUCUGUUAUUCUUCCUCCAUAAAUUUUCUGCAGUGUACUUCUUAGUUUCAGCAGUAUAUUUUCCACAGUAUGUUUCUUUCCUUCUUCUUUGGUUUCUGCUUUUUCAUUGAUGUUGAGAAAAGAGUUUUGCAUAAAUAACCGAAAGCCUAGCAGAUCACCCGCAGUCAGUUAUUUCAUCGAUAUGUCUAGGCAGGUGCAACUUGAACUCUAAAUGACUCUGCCAUCUCUCCAGACUUUCGAAAGGGGAGAGAGAGAGUUCAGAGAGAGAGAGAGAGAGAGAGAGAGAGAGAGAGGAAUUCCAUUACUAACUGCAUUAAAUGGAUAAGGAAAAUGACAAGAUCAACGUUUGCAAUAUGUUAGUGCAGAAGUUGCUCAAACAGGAUUUCUUUUUCACAAGAAUUUGCUCGCAUAUCACGUCAUUGCCUCCAUCAUCAUUCGUGCUUAUUUGCCAGGGAAUGAUUAUUAGGGAUAUGGUCAAAAUGUGCAGAUAUUAUUAGUUAACUAAUGCAUCAAAGGGAACUACAUAGCAGGUUGUAUAUGUAUAUAUAUGUAGCAUAUCGUGAUUACUACAUUUCUCCUUGUCGAAUUCCCCAAAUCACCCAAAAACCAUAUAUUCUAAUAUCAUUUUCCUUUCUUUAACGAAUUUUCUUGAUGUUGUGUCCAUGGCCACCACACUGCCUAUUAUAUUUCUAUUGACAUUUUUUCCAAAGAGCUUUCAUAUGAACAGCUAAUACUUAAUCGGCCAGUCAGCCAUAAUUUAUUGUUCGGGUUGUGUAGUACAAUCUUGUAAAAGUCAAAUCUGUACUGCAAAAACAUAUGAUGCAAAUAUAACUAGUUCUGUUUUCUGAGAUCAGGAGCCAUGGAGGCAACGAUGAUGGCGACACACCAGCUACCAGUACCGGGAGUCCACGCUCGAAAGGGCUGAUUUUGGUGAAAAUUUGGUGUCUGUUGAUCAUGUUUUUUAGCACAUUUGCCGGGGGAG